AUGAUUAAACUCUGGAAUUACAGCAAGACGCCAGAGCGUGGAGUGAAAGACGUGGAUAUUUAUUUAGAUGACUUGCACUUGUUCUCUGGGACGCUCAAGAAGGCGCCGAUGGCUGAUGUCCAUGCAACUGGUAGUCGAUUUGGGAGGGUACACAAAGUGACAGAACAGUUCGGACAGCCGGUGUUGUUCUCUUGCAGUCAGGCUCAAGUGGAUGCAGAAAAGAGGAGUGUUUAUUACUGUGGUGUCGAAGAACAAGACGUCCUGGGGAUCAACGAAGGACAAGUCAUGCAAGAGUCACGGGCGAUGUACAGGAAACUGGACCCGGGCGCGGAAGGCGUCAUUGUUGAUCUCGAUCUUCGUCCCAUGACGGCUGUGUGUCGACAGUGA